AUGCCGUAAAGAUAUUCAUUCUAAUAAAAUUCAAAGCGCUAGAACAUAUCCACAAAUAAUUCAAUCUUAAAAACAACAACUAAUCAAACAUUAUAAUAAAGGCCUGAAAGGCAAACAAUUUAGUAAUAGUAAAUAAUAUAAUAGCCUUUACAAAGAUUAAAUAUUAAUAAAAGUCGAAGUACAAAUUAAAUUAAUAAAAAGCGAAAUGCAAAAACUUAACAAAAGUUGGAAUAAAAAAAGAAUAGAAAUUUAUAUUCAAACCAAAUUAUAACAUCAAAUAAUUCCUUAUAAAGUACUGGAAUGUCCCCAGAUAUGAAAUAAUGUUUAUAAAUUUUAUAAAAAUUAAAUAAAAAUGAAAAUGCAACACCUUUUUUAUAUCGAGUAGACCCCAUAUUAUAAAAUUGUCCAGAUUAUUAUAAUAUAAUAUAGGAGCCAAUAGACUUAUCUUAAAUAGAAUUAAAUUUAAGGCAGAACUAAUAUUAAACCAAAUCAUAAUUUGCAGCUGAUGUAAGAAAAGUUUGGAAAAAUUCCUUUAUUUAUAAUAGAUAGGGAACCCAAAUAUAUGAAAUGACUAAAAAAAUGAGUGCUUUUUUCGAUAAACUAUAUAGCUAAAUUGAAAACUAAACACCUAAAAUGAUAAAUAAUUUAAAAAACGAUUAUCAUACCAUUACAUAGUAUUUUUUCUUUUAAUAAAUUAAAAUAAAAUAAAAAAAGAAAUCUUAAUCAUUUAACUAAAUAAGUAAGUGUUUUAUCAAAACCAGAAUAGAUAAAAAUUGACAAAAUGGAUAUUCCUUUAACUAUGAAUGAAAAAAAAUAAUUGGGAACUAAUAUAAGGUCACUUCCUCCAGAAGAUUUAAAUGGAAUCUGGAGUAUAGUUUAAGACAAUAACCUCUAACAUAAUAGUGAGGUUAUUGAGUUUGAUAUAGAUACAUUACCUGUAAAAAAA